CACUUUUUUACACUCAACAGCUUUUAAAGGGUACCUUUGUCCCUUUGACCUUCCUUUUCCCUUUCCUCUUUCCGGCGCCCGAAACUUUCCUCAUUCACUCUCCUCUCCUUUCCUUUCCUUUCCUCCUCUCUUUCUUCAUUCAUUCGUUCAUUCAUCGCCUGAAUCGCACGAGGCGGGAACACGGCGACCAUGGAGCAUUCUUAUCAGGACACUUGUCGAGGUGACAGCAUAGCUGCCAUUAUACCUACAGAGGAAGCAGACCCUCUCCUCCGCAAAAGCGCCAGCGAUGGCAGCAGUAGCAUUGAGACUCGACGCGCUACUCAGCGUUCCCUGGGCUUCAAAAAUGUCGUAAUUUAUGUCCUCAUUUUCCUGAACCUUGUCCUGCUCACGAAACUGUGCUCGACGUAUUCGCACCAACAACAGAACUACAGGAUAUUCGCGCUCGAUGAGAAAGAACCGGACCGCGGACACGAGCACGGAGGAGAGGAUGCAACAUCAAUCAGCUUCUGGCUAAAGAUGGGCUUGAUUGUGCUUCUAGUCAUGAUCGGUGGUAUCUUUGCAGGACUGACAAUUGGGUUAAUGGGCCUUGACGAGACCAAUUUACACGUACUCAUGGCCUCGGGAUCGCCUGAAGAGCAGGUUCAUGCCGAAACCGUCUUUACGCUUCUGUCGCGUGGAAAGCACUGGGUGCUAGUAACGUUACUACUGGGAAAUGUCAUCGUGAAUGAGACGUUGCCCGUUGUACUGGACUCUGAACUUGGAGGAGGCGUCGUUGCUAUUCUGAUUUCGACCAUGCUGAUCGUCAUCUUUGGAGAAAUUAUUCCUCAGGCCGUGUGUGCUCGCUAUGGACUCGCUAUUGGGUCAUACUGCGCUAAGCCCAUGAUCAUCGUCAUGUAUAUUAUGUCUCCCAUCGCUUACCCGAUCGCCCUGCUUCUCGACGCAUGGUUGGGCGUACAUCAUGGAACAACUUACAGGAGGACAGAACUCAAGACGCUCGUGUCCCUGCACCAGGUCGAUGGCAUCGGCGAGCUGACGGACGAUGAAGUGACCAUCAUUGCUUCGGUACUGGAUCUCAAGGGGAAAUCUGUAUCACAGAUCAUGACGCCCCUUGAGGAUGUCUUCACAUUGAGCGAGGAUGCCAUUCUGGACGAGGAACUCAUGGAAGAGAUCGUCUCUGCAGGCUACUCACGCAUUCCAAUCUAUCGCCAUGACGACCCCAGCAAUUUCAUCGGUAUGCUACUUGUAAAGCGCCUAAUCACCUACGAUCCAGAGGACCAUAUCGCCGUCAGACACUUUACAAUCAACUCGCUCCCGGAGGCCGCGCCCGAUACCAGCUGUCUCGAUAUCUUGAAUUUCUUCCAGGAAGGACGGUCUCACAUGGCGAUGGUGACCUCGGAGCCUGGUGGACUUGGUGUGCCCGUUGGUGUGAUCACGCUCGAGGAUGUGAUUGAGGAGCUUUUGGGAGAGGAAAUUGUGGACGAAUCGGAUGUGUAUGUGGACGUCCAUAACAAGAUUAAGGUGAUCCGGAAACCGGUCAGGACUAGCAAUAUGAUCAAGAACCUGAAAACUCUUCUACGGUCGCCGGCGAUCAGCAAUGCUGCUACGCCGCUCCUGGGCCCCAGUGGAACGUUCGUGGCUAAUACCCAGGGCGCGUCGGCAGCAGGUACUCCAAGAUUAGGGGAGUGCCGAGUGCCUAUGCCAGCUGAAAAUCAGAGCUACUAUAUGGCCACAGGAAAGACAAUUUUGCAGUCAAGGACGACGUCUUUUGUAGGCGCUGCCGGAGAGACUCGACCGUUGCUAGAUGUCAAUGCCGGCAGACAUGAGUGCGAGUUCAGGACUGGAUCAUUUUCGAAGGGCGACCAUUCGUCAUCUAUUGGACGGCAUCAUGAACCACAGCAGGAACAAGUCCGUCAAAGGCCACGCCCAAUGGAGGAGGCAUCCGGCGUGUAUUUCAAGGAACAGCUGGGGCAGGGAGCCCGCAGUGCGGCUAUGUCGCCAUUACUGCCACUGGCAGAGGCUGCCCAGAUUGAGUCGCCUGCCAUUUCUGUUAGAUCCACAGGUGCAUCCUCUGAAACGACCACAGCGAAUGCAACAACAGAACCAACAACACCAGCGUCGUCUGCAAUGGGUACACCGUCGGUCAAGCGCGCGACUGUAUACUCGGGGCUGGGAUUAGACGGAAUCGAUACUAGUGCUGUGCCACCAAAGUUGGCGGACGGGGUGCCAUCACCUGCACCGUCCACAGGGUCCUCUAAAAAGAAGAAGAAAAAGAAACGGUCGAACAUGUAG